GAGAGGGAGAGAGCGAGGGGAGAGUGGAAUGAGGGAGAGAGAGAGAGAGAGGGAUUUGCGCAUGGAGUGAGGUGCAGUCCGUCGUGCGUGUACAGUGCCCUGAUGUAUUAUUCAUGGCGCGCCAUUGAUUGAGGGAGAAGUCUCCUGCAGAGAGAGAGAGGCGCGCACGGUGCAGUCUCCACAGCCUUGCGGACACCGCGGACCAUCAACAUCAUCAUCAGCAUCGACAUCCUCAUCGACAUCGCCAGCGACAUCCUUCUGACAGCGGCAGCAGAAACGACCUGCUGACUCACGGCAAAUAUGUCACUGGGAGAGCCGCCCGGCGGGACCUCGGUUCGCGGUGGCGGCGGGGGGUUGGUGGCCGCCGCCUCCGCCGCUGCCGCCGCGUCGCCGGCGCCGCCGCCGCCCCCGCGGGACUUCGCGGGGGACUUCGCGGGGGACCUGCUGCGCGCGCACAACGCGGCGCGCGCGCGCCACGGCGCCGCGCCGCUGCGCGCGUGCGCCGCGCUGGAGCGCGAGGCGCGCGCCUGGGCCGAGCACCUCCUGGAGAGGCGCGCGCUCAAGCACAGCGACACGAGCCACGGCGAGAACCUCUACUACCGGCCGCUGGGCGCCAGGGAACAGGGCGCCGAGCCCGGCGGCAAAGAAGUGACGGAGCACUGGUACAGCGAGGUGAAGCAUUACGACUUCUCCAGCCCUGGAUACAAGCCCAACACAGUGCACUUCACGCAGCUCGUGUGGCGCGCGUCGUGCAUGCUGGGCGUGGGCCGGGCCUGCGACGGGCGCCGCCUCAUCGUGGUGACGCUCUACAGCCCCCCGGGCAACCAGGGCCCCCAGGGCGCCUUCCACGACAACGUGCUGCCCCCCUGCCCCAUGCCGCCCCCCUUGCCGGCGCUGCCCCCGUUGCCCGUGCCGCCCACGUGCGCUGAUGCGUCCCCGUGCCCCGUGCUGCCCACGCGGACUGCACCGCCAUCGUCUUCGGAUGCGAGCAAAGCGAAGGCAGCGGGCUCUGACGGGCCGCAAGCAAGUGACUUCCAACAGGAUCUGCUUGUGGCGCACAAUGCCCUGAGGAAGAGGCACGGAGCGAAGCCUCUGGUCCUCAGCGCGGAGCUCUGUGCAGGGGCCCAGCUCCGUGCCGAGGCCCUGCUCCUCCUCCUAAUGGAGCCGGGUGCUGUUACAAUGCCACGUGGCGGGCAGCCACGUGAGAACAGAUCACACGAACACCCGGCGCACGUGCACACAGAAGAGCUGCAACCGGGACAAAGACUGCACUUGGGAGAAGCACACGCGGAUAGGCUGCAGGUGGACGAAGCACAGCCAGGCAGUUUGACGGAAGCAGAGCUGGCUGCGGGUAAACGACAGUCUGAAGAGGUGCAGGCGGAAACGUCGCAGCUGGAGAAGGGGAAGCAGGACAACGUACAGCCAGAUAACGGGCACGUGGGAAGUUCGCAGGUGGACAAAGGUCCGUGUGACGAUACGCGGUCCCGCACUCGGCGGGAGGAUGAGCCGCCACGAGGGGACUCGCAGGGAAAGCCUUCACAACCUGCCUCCCCAAACCAUCACGGACUAAAGCCAGCAAAUCCACAGCCGCAAGCGCUACAGCCAGAUAAACUGCAGGCGAGCGACAUACAUCCAGGCAGAAUAUGGACGGAAAGAUUACAAGAACAUCAACUACAUCGAAACAAAGUAAUGCAAGAAGGACUACCACCAAGUGAACUGCAGCCGGACAAACUCAGUCCGGAUAAACUAGAGACGGAGGAACGACAGCCAUAUCAACUACAGCCAGAGGCGCUGCAGUCAACGGGAAUGCAAUCAAAUAAAAUUCAGAGUGACCAAAUACGAUCCAAUGAAGCAUGCGAACUAAAAUCAAGUGCGCCUCAACCAGCUGAAGCUCAAGCAGGUGGAGUAGAGGCAAUGGAGGCGGGACGGGCGGGGGAGAGGCUCCCAGGCGCGGCGCGCCGGGACGCCGCGGACCUGGAGCGCGUGGGGCGCAGGGAGUCGCGGCCCGGGGAGAACGUCUACCUGGGGGUCGGGGGGGACGCGACACACCCCACGGCGUCUGAGGUCACCGACGCCUGGUAUAGCGAAAUUGUACGACACAACUUCGACAUCCUGAGCCCUCAGACCGAGUCCGCUCGCUUCUGCCAGUUGGUGUGGAGGGCCUCGCAGAGCCUCGGGGUCGGCCGUGCCGUCAGCCCCCAGGGCUGCGUGGUGGUCGUGGCCGUGUACGACCCCCCCGCUCUCGGGCAACGAUGCGCGACUCCCAGCGACGAUGCCGAAAUGAUCGCCGUCUCUCCGGUGGCAGCGCCAAACGGAAGUUGUGUCCCGGGGACAGAAGGGGUGGACGAAGACCGCGGCCCGAGGGUGACAGAAUUGGCGGACGAUGACGAUUGUGCACUCGAGGUGGACGCGGGGGUGAUGCUUACCCCGGAGGAGGCUGUGCCCAUGGACGACACCUCGUCGGUCGGUGGGGGCUCGGGCAUCGGGAAGUCGGAGAAGUCGUCCCUCGUCGAGGGGGUUCGGGAAAGCGAUGCGAUGGAAGAUCCAGAUCGUUCCGUGGCAGAAAGCACGGCAACUGUGAUGGACGAAUCGGCAAGCGCACGUGCCGUGGGUACAGGUGGCAAGACCGAUGCCUUGAGUGAGUUGGCACCGAAGGAAGCCAUGCCGAAGUCAGUUUCCUUCUUGUCACUUGGAGAUGCCCCCUGGACAAUGGAGCUGUCGAUGCAGUCUGCCGACACAGACUUGGAUACAGAGGAGAGCUCGGGGACAGAAACUCUGGUGAUGGAUUCAGACAGAACAACUUGUGAAAUAAUGGACAAAUCUGAGGCAGAAGCAACUGAAGAGCUCCCGUGGGUAGCAGAAAGGGUGCAUGGAGGUGCAGGCUCAUGUGAAGAAGUGGGAAGAGAAGAUACUCUGGCGAUGGAGAAAAUUAUAGGCGAGUCUCGCACAAAAGAGCACACCAGAGGCGGAGAUGAAGGAGAGAUGGUGGCUGGGAAAGACAUCCGACAAGUGGCAGAGGAAGUCUUGAACGUGGCUGGCGGCGGUAGCGUGGAGCCCAGCGACGGUGGAGCGGAGUCUGAAAAGACUAAACGACCACGCUCCGACGUGGAAAAUGGGACUCCAGGGAUGAUGGCAGCAGUGACAGUGGCAGAGGUGACUUGUCGGAGGGCAACAGGGGCAGUGCCACACAGAGAAGUGGGGGUGAAGGCACUGGGGGGCGCCAUCGCGACAAAAUCCGGAGCAGCCGCGGGAGACGUGAAACUCGCGCCGCCACAGCGAGACGAGGUGCCGAAAGCGCUCGCGAGGGCCGGGAGGAGGGCAGACUGCUCCGCGCCCGGUGCACCCACCGUAGCGUCUGGGUCAAAGGUCACGGCAAGGACGCCAAGGGCGGAGGUGGUGCUGAGCAACGUGGUCGGGACGGAGGCGCUGAUCAAGGCCACGCUGGUGGGAGAUGCGCUCUCGGAGCUCUACCGGAGGAACGUGCUGCCCGUCGUCAGGAGCACGCCCUGCACUCCCCAGCCACACGCGCGGCUCCACAUCUCAGAGGAGGACCAGGAGGAGUUUUGUAUCGACGUCCUGGCGGAGCACAACCGCCUGCGCGAGAUCCACGGCGCCCGGCCGCUGCGGCGGAGCGUGGCGCUGGGCCGGGAUGCGCGCGCCUGGGCCCGCGAGCUGGCACGCUCGCGGGCGCUGCGAUCCCACCCCACUGUGCCGCACGGCCAGAACGUGUGGGCCAAGCACAUCGGCACGGGCGAACUGCCCAAAGGACGUAAGGUUACCAACUGCUGGUACGCGGACCGGCUGGCCUACGACUACAACAACCCGGGGUUUCAGCAGGGAACCGGCAACUUCUCCCAGCUGGUGUGGCGAAGCUCCCUCGAUCUGGGCGUGGGGCUGGCGUGCGACGGGCGAGGCAUGUUCGUGGCCGUCGCAUUCUACAGCCCCGCGGGAAACCUGCCCUACGCCAUGAGCUACCGCGACAACGUGCUGCCCCCACACACACAGGGCAUGGCUAAGGGGCAGGGCUAGGGGGGGGGGGGGACGUGACUUGAGGGCACGCCCACGGAAUAAGAACGUGGACAAGGGAAGUGCUGAGGCUAGAGGAGAGGGAUGAGGCUGGGAGCACGUACAGGGAGCUGCUCAUGGGGAGGAGCACAGCUCAGGGCAGGGGCCGUUCUCAGGGUAGGGCUAGGGACAUACGUAACUUGUGUGGCGUCGCCAUCAAUCCCCAUCCCCUGGAUUCCAUUCCCCUGCGUCUCAUGCCCCCUUUCCCCCCGUUGAGACUUCAUUUAGCCCCCCGCUUGUCAAACGGUCACGCCAUACCCUUUGGCAACGUCAAUGCCACGGGUAGAGGGCUAAGAUCAGCGGCGAGGCUAGGAUCAGAGACAAGGGACAGAGAUGGGGCAGAGUUAGGGGACGGAGGAAGUAUGAGAGAUAAAAUUAUGGAUUGGUGCAGAGUUAGAGCAACGGCGAGGAUGGCACGAAGGCAGAGGUGGGGCUGGCAAAACGUAGACAGAGUACGGUGAGCAGGAGUUGGUGGUGCAGGGCAGGGUGACAGCCUGGGGCUGUGCCACGUGUGAGGUGGCUUGGGCUGAAGUGUGGGAAUUGGCGUCUGUGAAGUCGCCCCUGGGUGGGAGAAUGUGGCUCAUCAUGGCUAACACUGCAGCGGUGGGCACUGGGAUUCAAGCGGGGGACGAGAGGUGACAUUCAAUGCAUGGUUUUGACUAAACUGACAAAAAGCAGCACUUAUUAAAUAGAAGUACUAGACAAUGAAUUAAUAAUUGAUUGUAAACCAGAGUUAUUAUUUUCUUUGUUUUUCAAUUAUGCCUGAAAAUGAAUAUAUAAUCGAAUGUAUACAUAUAAAUACAUGCUGUGUGCAUAAUAUAAAUAUCAAUGAUUAUAACACAAAAUAAAUUAUGCAAUGUGUUUAUCGGAUUCAUCAAAUUAUUAAAAUACUUCCGAUUAAA